GCUGUUGCGGAGCCUGAGAGCACUGCACGCGAUACCGCGGCUCGAUACGUCGUCGACGUGACUGCUGCGACGUGUUUUCGACGGCUACGACGAGCGGUGCUGUCCCAACGGCCGCGUGAGGCGUCUGCAAAGGCGAGGACUGCUCUUUGCUCUUGGCCAGCUGGAGCACGCACAAGCGCGCACGGCUGCGCAAACGCGAACGGCGCUGUGUGCACACGUUACACACAGAUCGAACGCCUCGCCGCAAGCACUGAAACGCAGUAACCGCGCGCGCACUCUGCUGCACACUCAGCAGCAGCACUCACAUCGAUAGUAGCGACCGCGCACGAUGCAUCGACCAGCCCUCGUCGUUGCGAUAAUACUACAAACGCGCGCCUUCCAGCGGCCACCACGCCAUGUUCAGAGCCUCGCGCCCGUCAGAGCCGCCGCCGCCGACGACGUGAACGCUCUCAUGACCCAAUUGAACGCCGCCGUGCAGCAGGAGGACUUCCGUAAAGCAGCAGAGUUGAAGAAGAAACUAGAAGCGAUCAACGGCGGUGCGACGACGAAGUCUGGAGAUUGGGCGUCGCGAGGCGCGCCCGGCUGGCUGCAAGCGCGACUGCAAGACCUAGGGAUGAGGUUCCCCACACCGGUGCAAGAAGCUGCGUUAGAUGCCGUCGACGGCUCGACAGAUGUCGUCGUCUCGGCACCCACAGGCAGCGGCAAGACGUUGGCCUUUCUCGCACCUCUCCUCGCGGUGCUCGACACGAAGCUCGCGGAACGGGAACGCACGCAGCUCGACGCGGGCAGCAAUCUCGGCUUGUUAACUCCACAAGCGGCGAUGGCGACCUUCAGUCCAGCCCUGUGGACGAGCGCGCAGAAUUUGGAAGGCUUCCGGCCGCCGCGGUUUGGGGAUCCUCGAGGAGCACCUUUGGCGUUGGUGUUGUGUCCGUCGCGCGCCUUAGCUCUUCAAUUGGGAACGGCGUGUUUUACGAUCGUAGUCGACCUGUGUGGAAAUCAACCAGUGGUGAGGAACCGGCAUCGCCACGCCAUCGAGCCGGCGUCGGAUCGAUGGCGUGGAGGUCGACGCGAAGAUUUCCACACAGGUCGGCGGGACCAAUAGGAACCAAGGCAGCUACUUCCCCGGCGACGCUUCCUCACUCUUCGCCUACAAGGGCCCGAAGGGCUGUCGGGUCGCGGCUCUCGCGUCGGACGCGGAUUUGGACAGAGCCGUCGCCGCGGCCAAGGAAAGGCGGAUCGUCGUGGAGAAGACCGAUGAUUUCGGGUACGACGACUAUGGGGGGACCUUUACGCCCUCGUCGACGUUACCUGAUGACUUGGCGGACUGCGACGUGCUGGUCGCCGACGCUGCUACGCUGCGAGACGCGUUGAAGGAGGCGCCGGACCUCAUGGACACGUCACAUAUCAAAUUAGUUUGUGUGGACGAGGCCGACGCUUGUGGUGAUGUCUCCGCAGAUAUCCUCGAGACGCUGGGCUUGGCAAAGGUGCCUCGUGUGUUAGUGGGCGCCACGUUAACCGACGCGAGUUCUUUACUGAGAAACGGCACGGCCACGAAGGCCACGGAGAGUGGCACUGAGCCCUUCUCCCUGACCCAGGAAAAGAUACGAACGCCCUCUUCCGUAAGACACGAGUUCCUCGACGUUCCCGAGUGGAAAAGGCCGCUCAUCUUGGCGCGGUGUCUGAGGCGGGAUUUGAGGGAGUGGGAGGAGUCCGGUCAAGGCCCGAGACCGAGGGCCGUGGUCUUCGCCGCCAACGAGACGUCGGCCGACGCGUUAGCAAGGCAGCUGAGAACGUCGCUAUGGGGCGCCCACGCCGUCGCCGCCCUCCUCCCGACGGAGGGCGGCUCCCCGACGGUCGCGGCCGGCAGCAUGGCGCGCGCGUCGGCGACGGACGAUUCGUUUGCAGAGGUCGCGGCACGAGACGGCGCGACCGUGCUCGUGACGGUGCCGUCCGCUGCGCGCGGUCUCGACUUCCCGAACGUCAGUCAUGUGUAUCGAGUUGGUGAUGUUACGGAGGGCGGUCCUGCGACGUACGCGCAUGUGGCGGGCCGGGCGGGCCGCGUCGGCCAGGCGUCCCGGGGGACAUGUACUUCCGUAGGGGAUGAUGCUGACUUCGACGCGCUGCGGGAGAUGUUGGACGCGUUCGACGGCGUCGACUUGGUGCGGGCGGAGCUGCCUCCAUCUAUAGCGGAUGAGCGGCCGGCCGGCGUCACGAAUUCGGCGUUCCUUGAGCGAGUCUUUCAGAAGGACGUGGAUGAUAGCUAAUUAGUGGUAGUUUU